AUGCCGCUGGCCUGGUAUUUCAAGUCACAGUGGGAACGGGAGUACGGAAACAACGGGCGCUGGAAAGAGCACUUCUGUCACGACUGGUCCCAACAGGAGUCGUACGCCGACCCGUUCACCCGAGUGGUGUCCCGGUGUCCCUGUACUCUACAACAGGCCGAGCUGGACAGGGGUCUCUUCUCACCCGACCUCGAGUGUAACGUCAUUGACCGCAAGUGCGAUACUUUCCACAGAGGGGCCCAACACUGCCUCAACACUGGACGGCCGUCAAUCGGUGGUUCCGGACAGACCUGUUGUUACGACGACUACGGCGAGCUUUUACAGACCGCUGACACUAUGUAUGGCGGCAGACCCUCCCGGGCCUAUAUUUAUGGCAAACAUCCCUAUAAGAUGCGCAUGAUGAUACCAGCGCUGUCUGAAUGGCUUCACGACACAAUGCCCUUCUUCUUCUGCUGCAAAUGGCAGGCCGAGGAGGACAACGCGGACACGUGUCAG